GGCUGCACUGCACUGCACGUAUCGACGUCGUUUCGUUUCUACCGCUACCAGUGACUAGAACAUCUGCCACGGAUGCUUCCCGGCUCCUCCAUGCUGACGGCUGAAGACUGUUGACCGAAGCGUUAACGGAUGGUUCUCUGUUUCGCGUACACGGGCCAUCUCCCCGCUUUCUAGCACUGGCGCCAUUCCGCCAUUCCGCCGUCGAAAACCGCUCACCCAACCACCAGGUCCGCUCCAGCUCGCUCGCGUUUCUUUUCUUCUUCGCUGGCAGAGGUAGAGAGCGUAUCUAGGUUCUGCUGUUGUCAAUUCAUCCUGUUGACGAACCCAAGACCUCCUCCAUCGUUCCGACAUCCACAGGUCGUUCCUUCCCCGCCCCGAAUCGCUUAUCCCCGAGAUCGCAUAUCCUACCCUCACGCUUCACCAUGGAGCCGUUAUCGAUUGACUCGAUUGUCGUCGAGCACAACGAGAUGCCUUCCACCCCGGGAACCCCCCCUAGCGAAGCCAUCAUGAUUGAACAACCAAAGAUGAAAGGGAGGCAGCGGCUCCUGCAUGGACUACAGCGGAUGGGCUCUUCCCCGAGUCUGGCUGGCCUCAGCAGCAGGCCUCGUUCACAAAGCCUGAGGAGUGGUGGAAAGGCAUCCAUGUCUUGCGUGUCUCUGGCAUCGCCAGGCUCGCCAUACGGGAAUUCGUUCGCCAGCUCCUACUCCUCGGAGUUGUCGAAUGGCUACUCCACAGCCCCUACAUCGGUCGCCAACAGCCCACCUUGCAGUCCGUUCCCGCUGUUCGAAGAGAGAACUCGUCUACGAAUGCGGAGCCCCGACAUCCCUUCGUCUGUGCCGUUACCUUCGGCUCGACGACCACUGUCUAGGGAGGGCGUCGAGGCUGAGGCUGACUACUUUGCGCGGCCCAUCAAGAAUAAGCUUCAGAAACGGCCAAACUUCAGCUUCUGGGGGGAGAUGCCGACCGAGAUCCGCAUGCAAAUCCUCCGAUACCUACCACCCAAGGAGAUCGUUCGAUGCUCCCGGGUAUCCAAGUCGUGGCGUGCCAUGUGCUUCGAUGGCCAGCUCUGGAGCAACUUGGACACAAGCGGUUUCUACCGCGACAUUACCUCCAAUGCGCUGGUCAACAUCAUCACAUCAGCGGGUCCGUUUGUGAAGGACCUGAACUUGAGAGGCUGUGUGCAAUUGAGGGAGCAGUGGAACAAGAACGGCUUCAUUGAGUCUUGCCGAAAUCUGGAGAACUUCUCACUAGAGGGGUGCCGAAUCGACCGAACUUCCCUCCACUGCUUGCUAUUACAGAACAGCCGCCUAGUCCACGUCAACCUCUCUGGUCUUUCUGGUGCAACGAAUGCGGCAAUGAAGAUUCUCGCGUCGCAUUGUCCCAGAGUCGAAGUGCUCAACAUCUCGUGGUGCAAUAACAUCGACAAUCGCGGCUUGAAAAAGAUUGUUGAGGGCUGCCCGAAGCUGCGAGACUUGAGAGCUGGCGAGGUACGAGGCUGGGAUGACACGGAUCUAAUGGCUGAGCUCUUCAAGCGCAACACGCUCGAAGGACUGGUGUUGACAAAUUGUGACAGCCUUGAUGACGAUUCCUUGGCUACUCUCAUCGAGGGCGUAGAUGAAGAGGUCGACAUCCUUACCGAUCGGCCAAUCGUUCCGCCCCGCAAGCUAAAGCACCUAGAUCUGACCCGCUGCCGCAGCAUCACCGAUGCUGGAGUCAAGUCUUUAGUCCACAAUGUCCCGUUUCUCGAGGGUCUACAAGUCUCCAAAUGUGGCGGUCUAACAGACGAUGCGCUUACAACUCUACUCCCUACGCUUCCAGUGCUCACUCACUUGGACAUCGAAGAGCUUGACGGUCUCACGAACCAUGUAUUGAAGACGCUCGCCGAAUCCCCGUGCGCUCCGCACCUAAAGCAUUUGUGCAUCUCCUACUGCGAGAACCUGGGCGAUGCUGGCAUGCUCCCAGUCUUGAAGGCUUGCUCCAAGCUGUCCUCCCUGGAAAUGGACAACACACGCAUCUCCGAUCUCGUCCUUACCGAGGCUGCAGCAAGCAUGCGCAACCGCAAUCGAGCCGCGCGACCGCUCACUAGUUCCGAGCGACCGGACGUGGGUCUGCGGAUUGUGGCAUAUGAUUGCGCCAACGUCACCUGGACCGGCGUCCGCGAAGUACUCUCCAGAAACGCAGAGAUCACUCGCCCGUCUCCCAACUCGGUUUCCAAAGCCGCCACCUACCCGCGCGAGAUCAUCGGUCUGAAAUGCUUCUACAAUUGGCAGCCCACUGUUGAAGAGCACACCAAGCGCGUCCUGAGAGGCGACUUUGCUGCGGCUGCUCGUCUAGAGCGCAAGUGGGCCGAUUGGAUGAUGCUGAAUGAAGAGGCGGGCGUGGGUGGCGCUGGUGCUCGUCGACGCCGAAGGAGAGCUCGCGAAGCCCAGCUCAUGCAUGCUGACGAAGAAGAGGGCGGCGCGGGUGUUACUGGCGGUAUUGGGCGCCGUCGACGUGCGAGAAGUGGACCUGGUGGCUGCGUUGUGAUGUGAACGCGUGCUCUCCGGUUCUUUUUCCUGCGUCAUUCGUCGGGUACACUCUUGGUUGUGAAUCGUUUUCUCAUUUAUGCCUCAAAUCGGCUCUAUUAACAGUCCUUUUGAACAGACUACGGUACGAUGGAUGUGCUACAGUAAUUUGCGUCGCAUUACGGGCCAUGGCUGCGACGUUCUGCCAUUCCGUUGCAGUUCGACUUGUAUUUUGAAGGUGGCCACGAGACUCACAACAGCGUCUUUUUUAUACAUCCACUAUGUUCAUACACAGCAGGAAGUUUCUUUACAUCUGAAGGCAUGCAUCGGACGGAGUUGGUCGGUUUCUGGAGGUAUAUAGUUUGAGUGAGGUUUUCCUCUACCUCUGGAAGAUAUUUAGACGGCAUAUUGCCAGCAUCAUACAAUAUAUAUGGGCUACAUACAAGCAAUUCGCAAU